GGCACUGUGAGGAGUGUAACCACCACUGCGGGCGACGGCAUGAGGCGAGGGGAAGGCGCACGCCCCCGCCUCGCCCCCCCCUUUCCCGCCCCCCCCCCCCGCAUCCUCCCAACCGACGCGGAAACCGGCGCCGGCCGAGCAGCUGUAGCCGGCGCGCAGGGCGCAUGCGCGCCCCCGGGAGGGCGGGGGCCGGCGCCUAGCGGGGAGCGAGCCGCCGCCGCCGCUGCUGCCCGCCGCCGCCGCCGCCUGCGGAGCAGCGGUCGCCGCGCAGUGCCCUCGCUCUGUCCCUUCUCUCUUCCUCUCUCCUCGCGGCCCUUCCCCGCCAUGAAGCUGAGCAGCCGCGGCCGGGGAUGCUGCGUGGCCGGCAGCCGAGAGCGCGGGCCGCCGCCGCGGAGCCCCUUCGUGCACCAGCUGCGCUUCAGCCCCCUGGAGAAAACCAAGAUUGCCUUCAUGACCUUGACUCUAUUUCCUAUCCGACUCUUCUUUGCUGCUUUUAUGAUGUUGCUGGCCUGGCCUUUUGCAUUCAUUGCUUCAAUGGGAUGUGAUGAGCAAGAGCUUGAAAAGCCCCUCUCCUGGUGGCGAAAGAUAGUGGAUAUUUUGCUGAAAGCUAUCAUGAGAAUGAUGUGGCUUGCUGGUGGAUUCCACUGGAUAAAUGUAAAAGGCAGGCGAGCAUUGCCAGCAGAAGCAGCAAUAUUAACUGUGGCUCCCCAUUCUUCUUACUUUGAUGCCAUUCCAGUAACUAUGACCUUCGCCUCCAUCGUGAUGAAAGCAGAAAGCAAAGAUAUUCCUGUUUGGGGAACUCUUAUCAAAUAUAUCCGACCAGUGUUUGUAUCUCGGUCAGACCAGGAUUCUCGCAGGAAAACUGUUGAAGAGAUCAAGAGACGUGCUCAGUCUGGUAAAUGGCCUCAGAUAAUGAUAUUCCCAGAGGGCACAUGCACAAACCGAUCCUGUCUAAUUACAUUCAAGCCUGGAGCAUUUAUUCCUGGAGUUCCUGUACAGCCGGUGGUUUUACGCUACCCAAAUAAACUGGACACGAUCACGUGGACAUGGCAAGGUCCAGGAGCGUUAGAAAUUCUGUGGCUUACUUUGUGUCAGUUUCACAAUUCCGUGGAAAUUGAGUUUCUUCCUGUGUAUAUUCCUUCAGAAGAAGAAAGAAAAAAUCCAGUGUUAUAUGCCAAUAACGUCAGACGUGUAAUGGCAGAAGCGUUGGGAGUUCCAGUGACAGACUAUACAUUUGAAGACUGUCAGCUGGCUUUGGCUGAAGGACAACUUCGUCUGCCUUCAGACACAUGUCUUCUAGAAUUUGCAAAGCUUGUGAGAAGCCUUGGGCUGAAACCAGAAACACUUGAGGAUGAUCUUGAUAAAUAUGCUACACGUGCUAUGAAAAUGAAAAAAGAGAAGGCUGGUCUUAAACAAUUUUCAGCAUAUUUGGAAUUUCCAGUUUCUCACACGUUAGAAAGUAUGUUUGCCCUUUUUGAUGAGAAUGAAGAUGGCAUAAUUGAUGUUCGAGAAUUUGUCAUUGCUCUAUCAGUUGUCUGUAAGCCAUCCAAAACUCUGGAAACAAUCCAACUGGCAUUUCAGCUAUACCAGUCAGAAAACGGUACUAUAACAGAAGAAGAUUUAGCUCAGAUUCUGAAGACUGCCAUGGGUGUGUCACAGAUUAACGUUACACAUCUUUUUAGAGCUGUAGAUGAAGAAGAGAAAGGAAAAAUUACAUAUGAUGACUUCUACAGAUUUGCUGAAUUGCAGCCACACUUUGCAGAAGACUAUCUCUAUCCUGAUCAGAUGGUAGCUGAGAGUGGAUUGGAGACUUCAUCUCUUUCUGCUCCAAAUGGUAUCUGUACUGACUUCAGCCCUGAAAAUGCUGAAGAUAAAAACAAGCCCCUGCAGAAGAAAUGGAACUAACACUACAACUGUUAUCUUCCUCUCCUGGUGAGAGGAUUAUCUUUUCUUGGAUUUUUCAUAAGUCACUCCAAUUAUAUAGCAAAUACCAAUUUUGUGUGUGGAAGUUCUUCUACCUUAAUACCGUUCUUUGAUUCGUAUGUGCUAUAUUUAACAAUAUGUUCCAGGUUACUUGGGGAAGGUAUUUUUAUUUUUUUUUCCAAAAGGACUUUGAAAGGCAAAAAUGUGAAUGUGCUUCAUUAUUAAUGUUCAUAUUUAAAAGGAAGCAGCACUCUUUAUUUAUAUUCCACUGGCUAGUUUCAUGUACAAAGUGUCGCACAAAUUGUGCAUGUAUAAAGAAACUGUAGUUACUAUGGUGUUAAGUGCACUUUGGUGAUUAGUGUUUUCCCUAGUUAUGGGGAUGUUUAUUUGGGGCCAAAUUUUGCUGUUCAUAUUUGCAUAGUCAGUGUAGUUUUCAGUGGGAUUAUGCCAUUGAGCAAGGCAAACGCAUUUUGGCCCCUUUUUGUUUUAGUUCCAGUGAACGGUUCCGAAACAGUCAUGCAAAAACUUGAUGAGGAUUAUUUCUGUUUUUUUUAUUGUUGGAUGACAAAAUUGCUUCUCUUUCAGUCUAUUCCAUGGUAGAAUGAAAAGGAAAGGCUCCUUGUCCUUUUGCCCCUUUCUACUUUCAGCACUUUCUACUGUAAUCUUCCAGAUAUAAUUAAACAUGAUUUUUUUUUUUCCCAAACUGACAUGCCACAUGCUGUUUGCAAAGAGAUGACAAAACUGUGCUUUUCUCUUAUAAUCAACUCAUAUCUACCCAAUAUUUAUAUGGCAGAUGUUUACACAAUCAGCUUUAUCAGGAAUCAGGGUUUCUUUUGUGGCAAGUCUGUACAUACAGAUGACUUGUCAUGGAACAUACUAGAGAAACUUAAUUGUAUGAACACAAAUUUGAAAAGGUUGCAGUUACUCCAGAAGUUAGCAACAAGGUGUGGAACAAGGAAUGCCAGUUAAAUCUCUAUAGCAACAUUAGAUAUAUUGUGUAUUAUAUAUAUGAAACCUAAAAUUUAGAAUUAGAAGUUUAGAAUUGGUGGAAGAAAAAAAAACAUUUAGUACUAAUGUUUCUUAUAUUUCCUUUUGUAAAGCCAGAUGCCUUAAUUACCAAUGAAGGUCUCAGAGAAAUUAAAAUUAGUGUAAAACCACAUAACUCCACUGAUGAGGAAAUGAGCCAAAGGCCUCAAGGAGUAGGAAGGAGAACGAUGUCGCAAAAGAUCUGUGGUGGCAGCUCUCCUUCCAAACAAAAACUACAUCUAUUUUCAAAUCAUUUAUGUGACUAAUUCUGCAGGCUGCACUAGAAUAUGAGGAUUUUAUAACUGGAAAACUGUCACUGAGACUUGAUUUUCACAUGUUAAUGCAAAACUAGAUUUGGAGGGUGGAAUUUCAGCAGAAGGAAGUCUGUUUAUACCAAAUGCUUUUAUUCUUUCUUUUUAAAUAGGAGCUUUUUUGUCGUUUUUUUUUUUUAAGCCCAUUUUAGGGUAUUGGAAUGUGUCCUUAGAAAUCCUUAACUGUCUGUGGGAAGUUUCCAAAUUGAAACUGGCUUUAAUAAAAUACGUAUAGGAAAACAAAAUGUAAGAAAUAAUGUUUUUUUUAGGAUAUGCGGAGGUACAUCUUCAUUUUGAGAUAGUAAUCAAACUUUUUAUUUACCUAGAUAAUGCAUGCCAGGCUGGCAGGAGUGCCACAGGUUGGCAGGCAAGAUUUAAACUGAAACUGAUCAUGAGAAGUCAUAGAUACAACUUGAAAUUAAGACAUGAGGAACUACACUUAAAUGGGAGUUGUCAGGUCCACAGUGGGAGUUGGGGAUAACUGCGUAAAAGACCUUGAGACAGGGAUGGUGUUGAGCAUUACUAACUCAACGUAGUUAACUGAUUGCUGCAGAAAAGAUGUUCAUCAUAGUGCAUAAACGCUUGCAGCCUGUGAGAAGGGUGGUGGUAUUUGUGUUACCAAGAAUUGAUAAGGCGUUACAUAAAGCAUCUGUCUGUUUUGGGGCACUUGAGAAAGAUGAGGAGUGGCUGGAUGGAGACUGAGGGAAAGAAAAUUUCCAAUGAUUCUUUCAACAUCUUUAUUUAAUCCAGGGAGGGUGACUUAGAGGCAGAUAUGAAACCAGUCUUCAUAUAUGGAAAAACCUGCAAAAAGGAAGAUCAGAAUAAUCUUUACUCCAUGUUCAUGGUAGAAAUGGGGGGUAUUCAUUUAAAAGAUAGGAUAAACAUUAGGAAAACUGUCUUACAGUACUUCUAGUUAAGAUGUGGAGUGGGUAUUCUAGGUGGGAUGAGAAGCCUUUAACUGGAGGUUUUGAAAAUGGAACAGAAAGCAAAGACACUGUUGAUUUUGUUGAUUAUAUAACCCCAAGGUUGUAGGGAUAGAUCUCCUGAGGACUAUUUUCUGUGAAUAUAUAUUGUGUAUUUUAGUCAGUAUUUAAGGCAAGGUAGAUGAGCUGUAGAGUCUGAGCAUAUCACAUGCCCUCUGUGAGAUUUGAACUGUGCUUGGCUUAAGCUGGUUGUCUCUAAGAUAGUUAUCUUCUGCUUUGUUAUGUGAACUUGGGAACUGUAGAACUUCAGAAUGUGGGGGAUGAGACAGGGUUCCCUGACACUUUUCUGAAAAGAAGGAAAGUUUAGUAUCCCAUGGCCAACCUCAGUGAGAGAAGCUCCAGGAAAAAGUAAAUAAAUAGUUCUACAUCUGUGGGGGGAAAAAAACAAAGCAAGCUGACUGAAGCUGUCUAAAUAUGAGCACGUCUACUUUCGGUGUAUGGUGCUUGGGGUUCUAAAAAGGCAAAGAGUUAAUUUUGUCUCUCCUCUCUGCUGAGGGAGAUAUUUCCAGUUGUGGCAAAUGUAAUAACUGCAUAUGAGUGCAGCUAAGCUGUUGCAGAGUGUUUGGGUUUAAAGGGUGCUGCAGCCUGUGAUAGAUGGCCCUUCAACAAAUACGACAUUGGAUGGUGAAGAUGCACUGAGAACUGUGUGCAUCAAUGGUCUCUAGCCAGAGCUGCUGUUGAAAAAACUUGGUGAGCAAGCAACCAGCUUCUAUCAUGACUUGUAUUUAUUCCUGCUUUUGUGAGAUUGAUCGAGGUAGAGAAAUAAGAUGACUAAGAUAUGAAGUCCUGAUCAGUCUGCAUGAAAACAUUGUUAGACUUCAGAUAAUGUCAUUAAAAACUGAGUAUCCAGGGGAUUUCAGCAUCUAGAGUAUUCAAGGUUAUCCACUUCAGUACAGGGGAUAAACUCAGACUUUGUGGGUUGAGACCUGCAGUCCAUUGCAUUACUGCAACACUGUUCCCUGCGAUUUGGCCAUCAAACUCACCAAUUAAAUGUUUUAGUAGUUCCACACAAAAGGUGCCUAAAGGUGGAGCAGCUGGGUCAUGACACUGUCAGUGGCUUGCUGAACUACAAGGGUAGAAGUGAAAGCUUCCCUUCCUUUCCCAUUCACCAGACUAUAACAUGUAAGUGCUUUCAACUGAAGUGUUAUGGAUUUUACAAAUGUAUGCUUUCCUGAAAAUUUAACAUCAGUGUCUUUGGCAAGAAUUUGAUAAGUGAUCCUUCACCAAAAAAAAGCAGAGGUGUGAAGACAUGGCACUUGUCUGAUGUGCAUUUUGCUGCUUUUGUGAAAUACUGCCAUCCCUUGCCAGCAGAUCUCUUGCAUCAGUCUGAAUUUCUAUGUACUGUAUGUGAGAGAUGCUCAGUCAAGGCUUUGUUAUUCUGCUAUGGUUGAGGAAGUAUGCUAUGUGCUUUGAGUGUACUUAACACAGAAAACAAUGAAAUCCAAGAUAUCUAAAAAGUGUUUUGGUUUUUAUUGCUUCAUUUGUUGGUUCAAUUAUAAUUUAAAAAGAAAAAACCCACAACUAUAAAUAGAAACAAAUUUAGGAGGUACAAAGCAUAUUUAAACCACCAUCUCUACCACAGAAAGGCAGAGUUCUAUUACAGAUUUUUCAUGAGUGCAGUAAGUAGAUACAUUUAAAAGGUAAGUUGAUACAUUAAAAAAUUUACAUUUAAAUGUGUGAUCCUAAAGGAGAAAUUAGUUGUAGACUUAAUUCUACACUACGUAUUUCAAUGUGUAUUUCGAUGGAGCUAGAAUCCUCUUAGUAGGAGGAAAAAGUAACCAGGCCCCUGUGUGGGGUCUGUGGGGUUUGCUAAUCCUCAUUUGAAGGUUUAAAACCUUAGGUCAUGAAGCUUACUUGAAAAGGAGAUGCAUGCAUUAAGGAAGUGAUGCAAUCUCUUAGGAGGGAAAGCCACAGGAAGUAAUUAGUUGUUCUGCACAUAGCUGUUUAUUAAUAUUUUCAAGCAAACUGCAUAGACCUGUUAGCUAGUUAAAGCAUUGGGAUGCUUGGAAAAUGUUUUUCUUCAUAAUAUUCAGUAAAGCUUUUCUGGAAAAGGGGUUGUUAUACUUUAACACUUGUAUAAUUCGAUAAAUUUUCUGAAGAUAUCUUUAUUUAAUUUCUACAUUCCUUUAUCAGGCUGCAUUUUAUCAUUAAACAAAAUUUCCUAUAUUAUUUUAUUAUGUGGUAAGUACAGCUUUUCAUGUUAACAAUUCUGCUCGCUGCUCCUCCAAAACCAGUAUUUUGAUUUAAAAAAAAAAAUUGUAUGGCAAACAGGUAUACAGGUAUUGGACCAGAGAGAUGAUUGCAUUACAAAGGAGAAAUAAAAUGAAGAUCUUACCCAUGUCCUGGGCUCAUGGAAGGGCUCCAAGAGGAAGGAUCUCCAGCUAGAGAUCCUUCCUCCUUGGGAGUCAGCCCUUAAAUGGGGUCCAGGAGGGGUGGAGCCUGGCUCCACUUCCGGUCACUCAGGUGAAAUUGCAUUCACCUGUGCCCCUGCAGCUGACUCAGCGCUCGCCUCAGGUGGUCAAUCAGAGGUUCAGGCCGUGAUUCAACAGUUCCCAUACAAGAAAGUAUUUAAAGAAUAAAAGCUGCAGACCUGAGUAGCAUCUACUUAUACAUCUUAUGAUCUCAGGAACUAUGUAAGCACAGCUUUGCAUCUAUUUGGGUCUCAAACUAGGAAGGAAAUGUAUUUUGGAUUUAAAAACAAACAAAAAACUUCUGAUCAAGUCAGAUUAAUUUUCCUUUACGUUCAAUUACUGCAUUCUGCUUGAUCUGAAACCUUUUUUUUUUUCUAGCAGCGCUUUCAGGAGUGUUCUGUAAUUAAGCCCAGUUGUUACAAAUAUGUUGGCUAUGUUUGCAUUGGCCAAACUUAACUUUGGCUCCUAGACUCAGUGAAACACAGAAGUUCUCUGUGAACAAAGGCCUGCAGAUGAUUUUUUAGUUUUCAGGUCUCUGAACUUCAGCUCGUUCAUAAAAUAGGAAGAAUAACUUCAACAGUUUGAAAGCAAAUGUAAGAAUUAAUAAUCUGUGCUUUUGUUCAGUCAGUCAGUCAAGUGAAACCUCAAGGUCUGGCUCAUAGAUGAGCAGAAGCCUGAAAUAAUCAUCUGGGUAAUUUUGCUUUCCAGGACAUGUUCAUGCAGCUAGCAAUUAAGUCAGCCAUUCUUCAGUCAAAGCAUGAUGUCCUGAAGGUACUACAGCCUCUUCUAAGUUGUGUCCAAGUUGCUAGCAGCACAGCCAGCAGUGUUUAAGUGAUUCUCCCUCUUUUUCUUAUGAAGACCAGAAAAAAGUGCUCUGUGAUGGGAACCUUGAAAGACAAUCUUAAAGGUAAAAUCCUCCAGCACCUUCUCAAAGGAACAAGAUCAGUCACUCAGUGCUAUAUCUAAGGCAGUGAACUGGGUAUACAAGUUAGUCACUAACACUCUGAUCCAAAUGGGCAUAAAUGAUUUAAUGCUGAGGUAUAACUGCAGAGAAUACAGCAGCAAAGAGAACGUGCCUGGAUUUGCAUCUGUAAGUAUUUCAUCUCGUAUUGGUCAAGUUAAGACAGCUCCUUUCUCUAGGAAACCUCUCAGGUUUAUUUCAAGAUAUUAAUUAUUAUGUUUUAUGAGUGGAGGAGUGUGUUGUUUUGUAGAAGAUAGCUUCUUUUUCCCCCAGAUGUUGUGAUGUGCUUCAUCAUAUGUAAUGGGACUAAAUAAGAGAGGGUGAUAUUGAGAAAGCAGGUUUAAAAGACUUUUAAAUGGAGGGUUCACCAUUCCUGUGAAAAACAGUGAGACCUUUUGCAACAGCUGACUGUGUAGAUUGCAUUUCAGGCUCUUCAGACAAAAUAAUUUUGCUAUUUACAUAAUGGCAGAGUCUGCUCAUUCUGUGUUCUUUUGCUAGGUGGCAUAGUAUAGUUUUCCUGCACAAGCUAAUCUCUGUAACCAGUGAAGAGGUCCAUAACAGUGGAGCUAAAACAGAAUUGCUUCAGUACAGAUUGCAUGAAAGUUAUUCCUUUCAGUUAAUUUGGGAAGGGGGAGGGUGUUGGUUCUAUUAAUUUGGAGAGGGUGAGUGCUUUUUUUGGUCUUUUAUUAUUAAUAUAUUUGUUAUGCUUCUUGAUUCUGAGCAGAUGUUUACACGGGGCUGUGUGAACAGCCCGGCUCACUGGAGGUUAGAUUGGAGAUCUUGAGAAGGGUGUUGUACAAUAUUCUGUGAGUGUAGCGUUAAGCUUCAGUUUUUUCAUUCCGACUAAAAAAGAAGCAAGAGAAGUCAUAACAACUUCUGUAAUAUUCUGUUUUGACAUUAUGAGUAGGUGUUACUUGAGAGUGCCAUUCCAGAGCCAAAGAAUACGUUCUAGGAAAAUCAGGCUGAACUUGUGCUCCUGAACCAGAAAGUAGUAAAGUCAUUAAGGCUGGCGUAGCAGGAAAGCUCUCACUGUACGGUUGGCCUUUCCCGUAGUAAAGAAGGAUAUUUUCCAUCUCUUGGGCUGGUGAUUUAUGUCCCUGUAUCUCUAGCUGUCAACUGUGCUGUCUUGUUCUUCGUAGGUCGGCUGCAGUCUGAGGGAGACCUCACUGCUCUUAAUCUUAAAAGACGUUCACAGACUGCUUUUACUGGCCAGUAAGGUGCAGGUGAACAUUAAAGCUGUAUUCUUGUAACGCUACCCAAAACUAAGGCCCCCAGUACUGCUUUACCUUGUGUCUGCCUUUUCCUUUCUCGCUCUUCAACCACUGCAAGUGUAUCCAGGUGACAGCAAGUUUGUGUUUGAGAUGCUUAAGUGUUUCUAUCAACAUUAAGAAAUUAGAUUCAGAAAUACAAUACAGUGACAUCUUCGUUUGGAUUGACUUCUGACUUUGUCUCUCUUAGUGUGUGUCUGUUUAAUUCCAAGUUUAGAAUGCAGUAUGUAUAAAUAUGUCAGUAAACCAGUUCUCCUCAUGGAUAUUGAAGAAAGCUGAAACUCAGACACUUUUCAUCCUACCAUGGUACUGGAAAUGAAAUUCAUCUGAUAGUUUAUUUCUAUGAAUGUGUAUGGGGAAAGCCCAAAUACAUGUCUUUUAUUUGCUACCCGGCAUGAAGACAAUUUUGUAGUUUAAACGCUGAAGAAAUAAACUUUUAAAAUCUUGUAUGCCCUAAGUAUAUAUUUUUGUCCUAUGUUUUCUUUUAUAGUAAAGUUUAAGCUAAAUAUUUCUUAUAUUUCUGAAAGAGAAUUUAGUUUAGCCACUAUUGUACUUUCCAGACUACAAAAGCAGUUUUUAAGUAAACAUCUAAAAGUGAAAUUGUAUUUUUAGGAAGGUGGAUUAUGAUCCCUUAAAAUAAACAUCUCUCCUUAGCAAUUGUAUAUACUUAGACAAAAAGCAAAUCAAUUGCAGCUGCUUGUCUAUAUAGUUUGUGUUAGUGAUUUGUUUAUAUUGUUUUCUGUAAUUGCUCUACGGGUAUUAAGAGCUCUGUGUAAACCACUAAUGUUAGAAAUAGAAGUCCGAAGUGAAUCUCUUUAGAAGUGAUAGAUUUUGUAUCCUGGAGGAGGACCAAGACUAAGCAUCUGCUAACCUUUUAUUCUGUGCUAUAUAACUUCAGUGUCCCAGCACUGUAAUGAAAAUACCUGGCAUCUGUUCAGUGGGACCACUUUCUAAGCCUUUUUGUAAUUCCCUACAUCUAUCCAGGUGUGCAGGAUGUUUCUAAUUUGAUCGUAGGUACAAGUUCAUCUUUUUUCUUUUUGUUGUUGUUGCUGUUUGGAAGAAUAAAGUUCAGUAGCAAAAAGCUGAGAAGUAAUUCAGAAAAUAAAGUUCUUCAUCUCUUGAAUUAUUGUUAGACUUGCAUUGAGGACAUUUUUACAAGUAAUUGCUGUGUUUCUGAACACACUUGAGAAUUUAAAUGCAAAGGUAAAAACAAACAAACAAACAAAAAACACCAAAGUUUACUCUUUAAGUGAUCACGUUUUCUCUUCCCAUUACUGAAUUCAAGUUAGACACUGCCAUGAUGAGGAUGCUUUUAGUUGAAAACCUGUGCUGAUAGAGCAGGAAGUUUUGUUUUGUAGGAACUUGCUUGCAAGGUAGAAGGUGCUUGUUCCAUCAGUGGUACAACUUCUGUUGACUUUGAGGCUGCUCAAGCAGACUUGCUCUCUUUCAAUGUGCAUAUUGGCUGCAAGCUUUUUCUUAUAGCCCUUGGAUACGCAGUGUAAAUCUGUAACAAUAUAUAAUAAUAACCUGAUUGCAUUUUUGUGCUGUAUAUUUCCCUCCUAUGGCUCCGAAGGUAUGUGUACAUAGACUGUCCUUGCACUGAACUGACUAUACUUCGUAACUGAGAAGCAAAAGUAAGUCAUGUACUAAAGAUAAUUGUAAUUUGUGGGUCCAGAAAUGCAAACACUUUUUGCAGGAUGUGAGGUAUAGCUUCAGUGCAACGAGUUUGAUUUUUAUAUUUUUUAUUAAUAUGCAUGGAAGACUAGGGAUGAUAUUUUCUAAAAAUGAACUUGGUUUUGUACAUUUUUCAAUGUUUAAAAUGAUAUGGUUUAACAUUACCUCUGAAAUACCGCUAUCAGUAAAUUCUUAAAGGAAAUACCUCAACUUGAGCGUUCUUUUUUUCUUGCUAGUUGUCUGGUAGGUUGAAACGGACUAUGGUGUGUGAUGAACUAACUGAGCGAAACAGCAAUGACGUAGAAGCUUCACCUAUGCUGUAAGUCGUGUGAUUUACUGGAAGGGAACCAAAUGAUACACUCCAAGUGUUGAUGUGCAGUGUACAGUCAUGGCCCGUUCUGCCCGACUGGACGUUUUCCUUAUUACUGGCUUGUAAAUUGAAUUUUCAUCGUGAAGCCAAAUUAAAAAUGAAGGAGAAAA